CUCUCCGAAUAUUGCCAUCGAAUAAUGUCUUCACAAAAGCUAGCGAUCAUCGCAGGCGUCGGUAGUGGCAAUGGAUCAGCCGUCGCUCGUCGCUUUGGCAAGGAAUAUACUGUCGUUCUCCUCGCACGCAAACCAGAGAGCUAUGGACCAGUGGAGCAGGAAAUCAUCAAGAGCGGCGGGAAGGCCCUGGGGAUCAGUACAGAUCUGUCGAAGCAAGAUAGUGUGAGAGCAGCUUUCGCCAAGAUCGAACAGGAGUUCCCGAACGUUCCUACCCAAGUCGCAGUCUUCAAUGCAUCAGGCAGGUUCAUCCGGAAACCAUUGCUGGAUAUUAGCAUGGAAGACUUGGAUGGCGGGUUGAACGUCAGUGUCAAAGGUGCUUUAUCCUUUGCGCAAAGUGCCCUUCCUCUCUUGCUCAAGCAUGCAGAGAGCAACCCACAAACGCCUCCGAGCCUUUUCUUCACAGGCUCGACUGCUGCUGUCAAGGCGAAUCCCGGAUCACUGGUCAUGUGUGUGCCUCGACAUGGUCUACGGGCACUUUCCAUCUCUGCUGCUAAGGAGUUCGGGCCCAAGGGCAUUCAUGUGGUGCAUGCUAUUGUUGAUGGCGCGAUUGAUACGCCGUGGGGCAAGGACUUUUUGAAAGACAAGAAGCCUGAGGAGACAAUCGAUCCCGAGGCAAUUGCGCAGACUUACUGGGACCUCCAUCUUCAAAGUCGAAGGUGCUUCACGAACGAGAUCGAUAUUCGACCCAUGAUGGAGAAGUGGUGAGCGGUGAGCCAUCGAAUAAAUUGUCGGAAAAUACAAUUACAGAUCUUAUACAGUUAACAAAAGCAGCAGAAAUUAGUGUC